AUGGAAGACGCAGAGGCGCGCCGAUCUCGCCUGCGCGGCAUGCGCGAGUCCGCGGCGAAGCAGCAAGCGGCGUCCCCCGCGCCAGUGUCUUCCGCCGCGCUCUCCGCACUCCCCUCCCCCGAUUUUUCCCCUUCCGCUUAUCUGCAUGCAUCCGCGCCGGCGUCAACGGGGGAAGGCGGACAUGGGGAAGGUAGAUCUGCUAGACGGCCGGCAGGGGCAGCAGCAGGCUCGGGGGGCUUUUCGUUCUACACAGAUCCUAUGGCAGCCUAUCAGCAGCAGUCACGAGUAGGGCCCGGAUUGGGCCCGCCUGCCAUGCGCACUUCCUCCCCGCGCUUGCCGUCCCCGCAUCUUCCGCCCUCACCUCUUCCUUCCCCAGCCGGCUCCGCAGGCUACACCCCUCCCCCUGGCCAAACCCCUCUUUUCGCGCACACCCCGCCCCCGCCUCCUCCCGCCUACACCCCGCCCCCUACCUACACCCUGCCGCCCAGUUACACCCCUCCGCCUGGCCACGCCCCUCACCCACCUUCCGCGGGUUCCCCAAGCACAGGACCAUUCAGUGCGCCCAUCCUCCGCCAUCCCCCCCCGGGUGGCGGAAUGGGGGUGGCUUUCUCCCCCCUGCCCGCGCCCAUGCGCCAGGCCACCCCUCCCUCGGCGCCCCUUUACCAAUCAACGCCUCCCCCGGGUAUGACCCCCCCUGGUAUGACGCCCCCAGGCGCGGCUGGUGCCGCCUCCCCCAUGCACCUCCCCCCUGCCUCGUGGGGGGCUCCGCCUGGCUCAGGAGAUCAGAGUUACUCUGGGUCGGGUCACCAGCAACAUGGUUACCAGCAACAGGGUUACCAGCAGCAGGGUUACCAGCAGCAGGCGGGCAAAGGCGCCAGCGCUAUAGUAAGCAAAGGCAGCGCGCUGUUUCGCGACGGCGGCUCGCUGCAAUCGCACAUGGCCGCAGCCCUUUCGAGCGGAAUGCGCGCCGCUGCGCCGCUAGCUGGGGGAUUGGCGCAGGCGCAGCCCGCGCAGCAGCAAAACCGCCGCCCGGAGAAGCCUUUGAAGGCGGAGGAGCGGAGAAAUGCGGAGACGGGAAAUGGCGGAAGUAAUGGGGGGAAGAAUGGCGGGUUGAAGCGAGGCAACGGCGGCAGCAGAAAGGAAAAUGCUCGCUCUUCAAAUCAGGAUUCCCCUCCGUCCUCUCCUUCCUCGUCCUCCUCUCCCUCUUCGCCCUCCUCUCCUUCCCUCUCCUCACUCUCUCCUUCCUCGUGGAUUCCUCUCCCCCUCUCCUUUCAAACCCCUUCCUCCUCUGCCACGUCACCAUUCCAACUCCUCACUCAGUUCAGACUCCUCUCGGGCAGCAAUAACUUUCACCAUGCUGCCCGCACUGUUCAACCGAGUGACACUGUACAUCCGGGCGGCAUCUGGGGGAGGCUGGCGCAGGGAGGCUGGUGGCCGGCAGGGGAGCAGGCAGAGGAGGUGGAGCUAUCCGGAGUGCACAAGCUGGGCCUGUGGACCACAGUAGAGCCCUGCGUUCGAGCAUCUCGGCAGCAUCUGGGGGAGGUACAUCUGAGGGUGGUGCGCCGCCUCGUGCUGCCCCUUCCAACACUCUCCUCCCCUUCCACCACUCCCUCUCAACUACCCUCCUCCUCCUCCUCCUCCUCCUCCUCCUCCUCCUCCUCCUCCUCCUCUUCCUCCUCCUCCUCCUCCUCCUCCUCCUCCUCCUCCUCCUCCUCUCGUCUCGCAGCGCCGUGCCAGCUGGCACUGACAGCUUUCUCGGAUACGAGGAGCCGGGCUGUGGGCACAGCAGAGGUGCUCAUAGGUGAUCGCCGGGAGGGCCACUCUGUGAGCGCCGCCGUGAGUUGUGACCUCUCGCACUCGCUCUCUCUCAAUGCUGCCACAUCGCACCGGAUCGCCUCUGGAGCAUGGCUGUACGCGCGAGUCACAGCGCACAGCAAGCAGCCCGACCGAACACGAGUGCUGCUGCAGUGGGUGCUUCGACCGACUCCCCGCCACACCUUCUCGCCCCUCCUCGCCCUCUCACCCUCUCGCCCGGCUCAAGCUGUGGUCACAUUGAAGACUCAGAGCCCGCCUGCUGCAGCUCUAGCCGUGGUCACGUGGAAGAAAGAGAGCCCGUCUGCUGCAAGUGGGGAUGGGGUGUUGGAAUGGCGGCGAGUGAGGUGA